UUUCACAUCUUAGAGUCACACAUGCGUUUUUCUUUUUCAUGUGUAUAAAAAUUGGGUUUGGGUGUUUUCUUUGACUUUUGGCUAAAUUUGAUGAAUUUAUGAUAGAAACUUAGAAACCCAGUAAGUAAUUCCCAAUUGCCACUAAUUGACUCGUGCGGUGAAAAGAUCCCAUCAGGUGGAUCUGCGAAGCGAGAGAGGCUUCGUUUAACCAUCCAACGGCUCCAAAUCGGAGAAAGCGAAAACGUCUCCACAUCGGAGAAAACGAAAACGUCUCCAAUUCAUGACUUCGUCGUGAGUGAGUGUAACCGUCGUUACAAUUGAAGUGAAACUCGCGACCCAAACCCUCAUGCGUGCUUAGCUAGUUACUCGCCCACCCAGAUCUGUUGCGACCACAUCCAGAUUUGUUAUUGGCGGCGAUGGAGGGCAACUCCGGUGGCGGCGGCGGCGGCGGGAACGACGUCGAAUUGCUGUGCAAAACACUGCAGGUCGAACACAAGCUGUUCUACUUCGAUCUGAAAGAGAACCCUCGCGGCCGUUACCUUAAGAUUUCCGAGAAGACUUCCGCCACUAGGUCGACCAUCAUCGUGCCUUUCUCCGGCAUUUCCUGGUUCCUCGAUCUCUUCAAUUACUACGUUAAUUCCGAAGAUCAAGACCUCUUCAGCAAGGAAUUGCAGCUCGACACCAAGGUUUUCUACUUCGACAUUGGUGAGAACCGGAGGGGGCGUUUCUUGAAGGUGUCUGAAGCUUCUGUCAGCAGAAACCGUAGCACUAUAAUUGUUCCUGCUGGAAGCUCUAGGGAUGAAGGAUGGGCAGCAUUCAGGAACAUUUUGGCUGAGAUCAAUGAAGCCUCAAGGCUUUUCAUUCUACCCAAUCAGCAAAAUUCUGAAUCCUCAGAGCGUCUUGUCGGACUUUCGGAUGAUGUUGGUGCUGGCUUCAUAUCUGGUCAUAGUAGUCAACCUGCCACUUCUUCUGAGUUGAAUGUGGACAGGUCUGUUGAUUUACCUCCCCAGGAUGAAAUUGGUAACUUGGGGGUCUCGAAAGUGAUCAGGGCUGAUCAAAAAAGAUUCUUCUUUGAUCUUGGAAGCAAUAAUAGGGGUCAUUUCUUAAGAAUAUCUGAGGUCGCCGGUUCUGAUCGAUCCUCCAUCAUUCUUCCCCUGUCAGGGCUCAAGCAGUUUCAUGAGAUUGUUGGUCACUUUGUGGAAAUCACAAAGGACCGAAUUGAGGGAAUGACAGUUGCUAAUGUUCGCACAGUUGAUCCCCCUCAAAGAUGAAUGCUAACUUGGGGUAUUCUGCGACAAUAAUUAGUCCCUCUGCCAAGGUUUCAAUUGGAUAAGAAUGGGUGUUGUCUGAGUCUGAUUUGUGCUAUUUUAUUUUAUUUUCCCUUAGCCUCCUCUUUCUCAUAUUGUUCUUCCAUUAAUGCUUUUGAAAUAAUGCAAACUCUGGUUGGUCAGCAGAAUAAUUUGAAUUGCUUGGCAAGGUUAAUAUAUGAAUAGGAAUAACGGAAGAAAAAAGGAUCAGAAACUUGUACUUGUUUGGAUAGUUUGGCACCCAAGCUACAAUCUGUAAUAAUGUUUGAUUGUUUAUUUUGCCUUC